AUGUCCAUGUCUCUCGCCUACGCGGCCACCUUUGCCUCGCCUCGUUCACAAGCAAGCACCACGCCCUGUGUUGAGACAGACACUAGUACUGCCGCGAGCGACACCGUCAUCACUGUAGCCAACACUCUGACCGCCAUCGUCACCGCAUCCCGUCCAACUACUCCGGUCUCAAGUUCUUCCCCCGUUGGCCUACUGACCACUCCAACCUCGUGGCUCACCGUCAUGGCUUCGCGAAUUAGCUCGCCAAUCCACCUUCUGCCUAUGAACGCUGCCGGCUAUCGUUUCUUCCUUGGAGGAGAGACCGUGUCAUACUGUCCAACUGACGUUGAAGAGACUGGAGAUUGUCCAGCUGGAAACCAGACCGUGCUCUCUCCUUGUGCGAUGGGCGCUCUUGUUCCCGGCGGACAAUAUUUAUAUGUGACCCCUAACGGCGAGGUCGGAUACACUCAAGCGCAUUCGACUUUCAUGCCAGAAGGAUCAGUCCAGUGUCCUUUCACCUACUCGAAGGCCCCAGGGGCGACAAUUGGACGAUUGGGUUUGAGGACAUUCGGAGCGUCGGGUUUAAUUGCAUGUCCUACAUACGGAGGGGCCUGGCAAGUCUUCGCAGACCUGAAAAAUAUAACCGCCCCUAGAGGAAGUGUAUCACAGUGCCUAGGGUUCGAUCCUUUGGCUCUUGAUGCACCCGACAUUGGGGCAUGGCAAUACACCUGA